AUGUCUGUGUUCAUGCAACAGACACGACCUUCUACAAGUCAAGACGGUUACCCUUUCCCAACUGCUCCUCCUGUGGAUCCAUUUGCAAAAAUCAGAGUGGAUGACUGUGGAAAAACCAAGGGAUGCUUCAGGUACGGUAAACCUGGAUGCAACGCAGAGACUUGUGACUACUUUCUAAGUUACCGUAGAAUAGGAGCUGAUGUUGAAUUUGAGUUGAGUGCUGACACUGAUGGCUGGGUGGCUGUGGGAUUUUCCUCAGACAAGAAAAUGGGAGGAGAUGAUGUCAUGGCUUGUGUCCAUGAUGAUAACGGAAGAGUCCGAAUACAGCACUUCUAUAAUGUCGGUCAGUGGGCUAAAGAAAUCCAGAGAAAUCCUGCUAGAGACGAAGAAGGAGUUUUUGAAAACAACCGCGUAACGUGUCGAUUCAAGCGUCCUGUGUAUGUUCCCCGCGAGGAAACCAUCGUAGAUCUGCACUUGAGUUGGUACUAUCUGUUUGCUUGGGGUCCAGCAAUUCAGGGUUCCAUAACUCGUCAUGAUAUAGACUCACCACCUGUAUCAGAGCAUGUUGUCAGUAUUUACAAGUAUGAAGAUAUUUUCAUGCCGUCAGCUGCCUAUCAGACCUUCUCUUCUCCAUUCUGCUUGCUCCUCAUUGUUGCACUGACCUUCUAUUUAUUGAUGGGAACCCCAUGA